AUGAGGUUACCACCGCGCUCCUCGGCGCCGAUAUUGCGCAUCGCCAACGGCACGUUCUACCGAAGACACCCGAACGCGCAGACAACGCAUCCGAACCCGUCACUGUUCGAUGAGCUGAGCUUCGAGAUUCCCUCCACAACGACGGAGGGCAUGAAGAAGAAGCACUGGUGCAUCGUGGGGCCGUCGCUUUCGGGCAAGACGACGCUGCUGCAGGUCCUGCGGGGCCAGCACCUCGCGAUCCCGCCGAGCUCGCGGUCGUACCCGUACCUGUCGAGCGAUGACGUGUCGGCGCGGCUGCGGACGGCCAGCAAGGCGAUACAGUACGUCGGCUUCGACGGCGAGCAGGGCGGGGGUCUUGGGGGGCCGACGACGAGCGCUUAUUUGGCCGCGCGAUACGAGUCGCGGCGUGAGAACACGGAUUUCGGCCUGCGGGACUUUUUGCUUGGCAAUUUUGAGCAGAACGCGCUAGAGCGGGAGCUGAGGCAGAAAGGGGAGGGGGAGCUCCCGCGGGGACUGUUGGAGAGGGUUGUGAAGGACCUGAGGCUGGACCAGCUGCUCGAUCUGCCGGUUGCGUUUCUGAGUAACGGGCAGGGGAGGCGGGCGAGGAUUGCGAGGGCGCUGUUGACGACGCCGGAGGUGCUGUUGCUGGAUGAGCCAUUCAUGGGUCUUGACCCGCCGACUGUAGCGAGUUUGAGUCCGUUGCUGGAGGGGCUGGCAGAGAGGGAGAGCCCUAGGCUUGUGUUGAGUGUGAGGCCGCAGGACCCUAUUCCUGAGUGGAUUACGCAUUUGGUGUAUUUGAGGAGCGACUGCCAGAUUGGGUCCAUGGGGGAGAAGGAUAUUGUGCUUGAGGGGCUGAGAAAGUACGUCAGGGGCGUGUGGAAGGGUGGCUUGACGGAGGAUGAGAAACUGCCUGUGCAUUCACUUAUUGAGAUGGGAAGAACGCUGACUGCCAAGGGUGUCGUCGGCGAUGGGCUUGUUGCGGCAGAGGAGAAGAAGGGCCAUGGUGUUGGGCCCGUUGUCACUGAACAGGGUGUUUCUAAGGAGGUUGGAGAGCCAUUAGUUGAGAUGGACGGUUGCCAGGUCAGGUACGGGAGCAAGAUUGCCCUCGGAAACUGGUCUCAAGACACAGAAUCCGGGGCCAAGGACGGUUUGGUUUGGACAGUGAGACGAGGUGAAAGAUGGGGUGUCUUUGGGCCGAACGGUUCUGGAAAGACCACCAUCGUCUCUCUUCUCUGCUCCGACCACCCGCAGACGUAUUCCCUCCCUAUCAAGCUAUUCGGCCGAAGCAGACUACCUGAGCCAGGCUCGGGACAGAGGCCGCUCACGUUCUGGGACAUUCAGUCACGCAUCGGUCACUCGAGCCCGGAGGUUCACCAGCACAUGCCCCGUAGCUUGACGGUGCGACAGGUGCUUGAGAACGCGUGGGCAGACACCUUCAAGGCGGUGCCUAAGCUCGACGAUGAGGCAAGGGGCAAGGUUGAAGCAUCGCUUCGCUGGUUCGCCGCAGAAUUGAAUCCCGAAUACCACAACACAACGGGAGAUAGCCUGGCCUGGGCCGACAACUUCCUCUUCGGCGGCCUGUCCUUCACCGCGCAGCGCAUUGCCCUCCUGCUCCGCGCGGUGAUCAAGAACCCUGACGUGGUGGUCCUCGACGAGGCGUUCAGCGGCAUGGACGACGCCGUGCGGGACAAGUGCAUGCUGUUCCUGGCCAAGGGCGAGGAGAAGACGUACAGCGGGGAGGAGAUCGUCGACAGCGAGGCUGCCAAGGCCGGGGAGGUGAGGGUCCGGGGCCUCUCGGACCAACAGGCGUUGAUCUGCAUCAGUCACAUCAAGGAGGAGGUUCCGGAUUGCGUGCGGGAGUGGAUCUGCCUGCCCGAGGCGAACGAGGGGCUGCCGGCCAGGUUUGGACGGUUCGACGGGCCUCUGAGGACGGAUGAGAAGCGUUGGAGGGCGCUCUGGGGUGUUUAG